AUGGCAAAUGAACAACACUCGUUACAAUGCCACCUUGAACCUAUCGACCUCAAUCAGGAGAUUGAGUUCCUCGAGCUCCAAAGACAGCGAACCAUCUGUGGCUGGGACUACGAGCAGCAAACCCUACAAUCAUGGAAAGAAAGCACGAGCCUUAAAAAGCUUUUCUGGAUCACCAUUUCGGAUGCUGAGGAUGAGAGCAAGCCUAUUCGUGCAGGUCAUAUAUCACUCGAUCCGUCAUCUGGAAUGCUCGAACCCGGUUUACUACAGGGCGACGAGAUAGAUCUCACUCUAAAGACCUUCUUCAUAUCACCCGAACACCGAGCUCUGAAACUCGGAAAAAAAGCGGUGCAGCUACUCGAAAAUUUGGCAGUCACAAAGCCGUACGGUGAUCCACGCUGUCGUUAUCUCACGUUGUGUGCUUUGAGCAAGCGGUACACAUACGAUGAGGAAUGGCGAGGGCUGUGGUCGAAAGUUGGGAUGGUAGAGCCACCGUUCAGUAUUCAGGAGUGGUAUGAGAAACUUGGCUAUGUCACAUGGAAGGACGUGCCACUUACCGAGGCAACCUCUUUGGAUGGUGAGGUUUUUCAGGUGUGGGAGGCGCUGAUGAGAAAGGACCUACGAGAGAACUUGAAUCCAUAA